GGAAAAAAGGUGAGGUAAACAUGCAGCCGGCAGUGUGUUGGUGGCGCAAUGUUGAACGCGCAGCCCGUACCCUUCCCGCUGCUGCAUUCCCUGAAUCUGCACGUCGUUUGCACAGGCUAAGCUUUCUACCUAACUCAACGUCAACACGUUGUCAUUCUUCGUUUUUUGCGGCAACGGACGGGCAGCGUUUUUGCGGCACUCCGCUUUCCAGUGUUUCCAGCGACAGUACCAGCAUUCUGCUUCCGGGUUCGCGCUCGUGUUUAAAGCAUUUAGUGAAGCAAUUUGCCAACCAAGCACCAACGAUGACGGCCAGCAAAUAUCAGAUCGCGGAACGUGGCGUUCCCAACUCUACGGACUACCGGGUAUUCUUCAAGAAUGAAAACGGACAGUCCAUUUCACCUUUGCAUGACAUUCCGCUGUACGCGAACGAUGAGAAAACCGUCUACAACAUGGUGGUGGAGGUUCCUCGCUGGACAAACGCAAAGAUGGAAAUCAGCUUGAACGAGGGCUUGAACCCGAUCAAGCAGGACGUGAAGAAGGGUAAACUGCGCUUCGUGGCAAACUGUUUCCCGCACCACGGUUAUAUCUGGAACUAUGGAGCGUUCCCGCAAACGUGGGAAAACCCGGACCACCUGGACGCCGAUACCGGCUGCAAGGGUGACAAUGAUCCGAUCGAUGUGCUGGAAAUUGGAUCCCGCAUUGCCAAGCGGGGCGAGGUGUUGCAGGUAAAAAUCCUUGGCACGAUCGCGUUGAUUGAUGAGGGCGAAACGGACUGGAAAAUCAUCACGAUCAAUGUGAACGAUCCGCUGGCGGAGCAGGUGAACAAUAUCACCGACGUCGAGACGGUAUUUCCCGGUUUGUUGCGUGCCUCGGUUGAAUGGUUUAAGAUCUAUAAGAUCCCGGACGGCAAGCCGGAGAAUCAGUUUGCGUUCAAUGGCGAAGCGAAGGAUGCUGCAUUUGCUACAAAGACAGUCACGGAUACGCACCGGUUUUGGCAACAGUUGGUUAACAAGGAGGUUGAUAAUAAUGGAAUUUCUUGCCUAAACACCACUGUAGAUGGAUCACCCUAUCUGGUAGCUAAUGAUGCAGCGGAUGAAGUGUUUGCCAAGAGCGCAACCGGUGGUAAUCCCGAACCUGCCAGUGAAGCACUUCACAAAUGGCAUUUCCGGUCGGAGAACAGCUACUCGAAGCUGUAAGAAGCCGGUAAAGCUUUUUGUUUGCCGUAAUAGAGCGAAUGUUUUCUAGAGUUUAGUGGUCAACCAGUAGUUGAUGGUGGUUGUGUAUUUUUUAAAG